AUGGCGACAGACCCUACAGCCGCUGCCGCCGAGCUGGACUUUAAUAACGAGCAAUAUGACUCCGCAGAAGACGAAGACUUCCAGCUUGACGCCGAACAGGAAGACGCCGAACUGACCGGUUCAGACAGCGAAGACGAGGCGACGGAGCCGGCAGCGAAAAGACUCAAAACGGGGGUCAAGGAGACCGAAAAUGAUGACAAAGCUCUUGAUUCUGGAGAUGAAGCGAUGAUACAAAAAGCGAAGGCGAAACAACAGAACAAGCAGAAACAGAAGAAAGGCAAAGGAAACGCCAGCGACGACGACGAUGAGGAUGAGGAUGAUGUGGACUUCGAUGAUGAUGAGGAAGGGGGCCCGGGGGGCUUUGUGCGGACGCGCGCAAUGAGGAUGAAGAUGCAAGAAGAAAGAAAACCCUUGGCCAAGAUUGACGGUGCCACGGUGGACGUGGAUGCGUUGUGGGCGCGGAUGAAUGCUCAUGACUCGGGUUCAGCACCUCUACCCUUGCAGACGGAGCAACAGGACACAGUUCCCUCGAGGGAAGACAAGGACGGCCAAACCACCGAUAAACAGGCUUUAUCCCAAUCGAAACCUCCAUACACGGAAGAGAUGGUGAAGAUCAAGAGGACUUACAAGUUCGCAGGCGAAAUGAUCACGGAGGAAAAAAUCGUCCCCAAGGACUCUGCCGAGGCGAAACUCUUCCUGGCCAACGGCGAGAGCGCCGAGAGCGUGACGGACGCCGAUGUGGAAGACGCUGCAAAUGUAAAGGAUGCGCUGAAGCUACGUCGCCCACUCCGCAAGAUCUCACGUUUUGAUCCGAACCCGACCGGAACCAUUAAGAAGAGCUGGGAUAAGCAAGCUUCUGCUGACAUCACCGGCCAGGCUGAGGGCUUGCGCGGGCCCAAGAUCAAUACUGUCGAAAAGUCACGGCUGGAUUGGGCUGCAUACGUGGAUGAGGCCGGCAUCAAGGACGAGCUCAAGGUUCAUAGCAAAGCCAAGGAGGGAUUCAUUGGCCGUAUGGAUUUCUUGGAUCGCGUUGGAGCCAAGCGAGAAGAGGAGCGAAGAAAUGCACGAUUGAAAGGAUUGUGA